GCUCAUCAACAGGCUUGGUGAAGCCUCUCUGAAAGCUGUACUGGAUGGCCUUCAGCAGGGCAUAUCUAGCAGGUCUGCUGUGAUCGGGAUGUGGGAGAGAAAUGAGGUUCAGCAAGAACACCGUGUGACUCAGGACCAAGUAAGGUGCCUCGUUGACAUGUUGUUGAACAAGGGUGAAUCAGUCUGUCAGAGAUUUCUCUCUCUCCUUGGAGAAGUGGAUCCUGAUCUCUGUGAAGACCUCUUUGGCCCUGUGGAUUCAGCUGCAACAACACCCAAACAGGAAGCAGACCAACAGCCAUUGAUGUCGAAGCUGAAAGCAUCGAUUGUCUCAAAGUACAAGAGAGUAGAAGAAUAUAAUUCCCUACCAGGACAGGAUGUCUUGAUGACUGAGCGCUACACUCAGCUGUUGAUCAUUGAGAAACACAGACAGCAGGAGGAAAGAGAGAAGGAGAUGCGCACCAGUGGAGCAGUGUUCUUUGAUGCCAGACAGAGGGAAUAUAAAAGUAUCUCUGUGGACCAGCUCUUUAAGCCUGAUGAUCAUGGAGAUGUUCCCCAAGCAGUAAUACUCCAGGGCAACUCUGGACAUGGCAAGUCCUUCACCGCUCAGAAGAUCAUAUUGGACUGGGCAUCAGGAAGCCUCUACCAGGAUCGCUUUGAGCUUGUUUUACACCUCGCCUGCAAGGAACUCGACCUGUACAAAGACGGAGAACAGAGUAGUGUCUUAGAUCUUGUGAAUGUUGAAAAGAAAUAUAUUCCACUGAUCCAGAAGAAACUGAAGGAAUCACCAGAGAAGGUGCUUCUCCUUAUUGAUGGAUUUGAUGAACUUCAGGUUCCAGAAAUCCCCAAGUGUUCUGUGAAAGACUCCCCCCCUCCAGCUUAUGUUGAGGCCAUUGUGGGCGCUCUGAGGGGAAGCAUCCUAUCUGAGUGCCACCUGCUGGUCACCACGAGGCCUACUGCUUUAGACAAACUGAACGAGCUCCUCAAACGCCGGCGCUGUGCAGUGCGCUGCACUGAGAUUCUGGGCUUCUCUGAGAAGGGCGUACACAACUACUUCAAGAGGUUCUGUAAAGAUGAGAAGUUCUGGGAGAAGGCACUUGGCAGUGUGAAGGAAAAUGCAACUCUCUACACCUCCUGCUUCAUUCCAGUCAUCUGCUGGAUUGUCUGCACUGUAUUUAGGGAGCACAUGGUAAAGCACAUAGAAGUAACUAAUGCUUUGGAAACAACUACCUCCAUAUUUGUCCACUUUGUGUACAUUCUUCUGAAGCACCACUGCCAGGGUUUGAAGCAGCCAGUGCCAGAUCUGCUGAGGAGCCUUGGCCAGCUGGCAGAGAGUGGAAUACAGAAGCAGCAGGUUCUGUUUGACAAGAAGAGUGUGGAAGGCACAGUCUCAGAUCCCACUAGUGUUCCCUUCCUGUGUAAAUUCCUGCUGAAGGAGAGAGUGAGAACAAAGGAGAUGUUCAGUUUUAUGCAUCUCAGCUUCCAGGAGUUCUUCACUGCACUACACUACACCCAAGAUGAAGAGAGGGUAAAAGAGCUGCUCAAUCCAAUUGAGCAACAACAAGGCAACACCCAUCUCCUACCUGUCAUUCAGUUCCUCUUUGGUCUUGCAAAUGUGAAGGUGGUGCAAGAUCUAAAGGACCUUGAGUUGACCACCAACAUCUGUUUGGAAAAACAUCUGAAAGAGUGGGUGGUUAAACUCAUUGAAAAGAAAGAUGGCAGAAAGAUGCUCUUCACUCUCCACUGUCUGUAUGAGCUCCAUGAUAAGGACUUUGUGAGGGAAGCCAUGGCGGUGUGGGAUGAGGUGAAGUUUGAGUCCAUCCCCCUGACGAGGGCAGACUGCUGGGUGCUGCUGUACUGCCUGCAGUGCUGCCUCACCGUCCCAAGCCUGACACUCUCACAUUGCAAUAUCACACCAGAUAAGCUGAGAAUGCUGCAGCCUGCACUGAACAAAUGUCAGGAGCUGGGGUUAGAGGUGGAUAAGCUGUCAGAUGCUGAUGUUGAUGAUCUGGUCUCAGCUAUGGGAGAAGGAAAGACACUCAGUAAACUGCUUGUGUAUGACAGCAGCCUGUCAGAUGAGAGUGUGCAGCAGAUCCUCACUGCUGUCUCCAAGCAGAAGAGUGUGGGUAGAGUUUUCCUCACUGUGAAGACCAUCACCCUCACCACUGGUCAGAGACUUCUCAACUUCAUGAAGAGCACACCUGCUGCAGAGUUUGUGAUGUAA